GAGAUUUUAUAUAUAGAGGGAGAGAGACGGACAGAACCAGAAGAAGAAGCAGCAGCUGCUACACCCAUCGAUCGUCACUCCCUCCGAUCAUCUCUCUUUACGAUCUGUACAGAACUCACCUCUAAUUGAACUGGGAUAAUAUCAUUAUAGCUUCUACAUAUUUUCAAGCUUCUGUAUAACAGAAUGCUGCUUGCAUAAAAAAAUGGAAAAAUGGUUGAAAAAUUGACCCACAGGAAUAUAUUCCAAUGUUCUCUUCAAAACUACGGUACUACAAUCCUGAGGGUAAACAAUGACUAGUUCCCAUUUCGAAGGAAAAGAUAUCAUCAGUGACCUACCAAGAAAUAUCAUAGAAAGUAUCCUUCAGCGGAUGCCCGUAAGAGAUGCAGCCAGAACUAGUAUUUUGUCAUCUAAGUGGAGGUAUUUUUGGACUACGAUUUCACAACUUGUGCUUGAUAAUCAGUUUUUCGAAGAAACCCUCAGGAUCAAACCAAUAGUCCAACUUGAACUAGCAAAAGCUGUUGAGAAAAUUCUCUUGCUUCACAAUGGCCCUAUUCAAAAAUUUGUUCUCUGCCUUCCAGUGAUAUCGUUUAAUGGCCGCUCUGAUAUUGAUCAUUGGAUACUCUUCCUCUCAAGGAAUGGUAUCAAGGACUUUACACUUGACAAUUCAACCAAUACCCCUUAUGAGAUGCAUUCUUGCAUCUAUUCUUGUCGAGAGUUGACUCGAUUGAAGCUUAUCAACUGCAUAGUGAAACCACCACGUGAAUUGAGUGGCUUUCAGAAUGUCGUUGAACUUCACUUUAAAAGUGUCGCAUUUGGAAAAAACAUGCUUAGAACCCUAUUAUCCAGGUCCGGGCUUCUUGAGAUGUUGAUUAUAUAUGGUUGCAGUGGUAUUGGCCAUUUGAAUAUCCAUGCUCGGAACCUCGAGUUGUUAGUUCUCAACCGGAAUAAUGGUAUAGAAUCUCUCUCUUUUGUGGAUACCCCCAAACUGUGGUGGUGCUCCAUUUCACUGGGUAUGAAAAUGGAAAGUUUAUUGAGGAGCAAAACACCAAGUUCGCUUGAUUUUCUUGUUGACUUGCCUAGAGUUUCAAUUCUUCAUUUGGAUAGCUUUUUUCUUCAGCUUUUGACUGCAGAUGGUGGUCUACGCAGUCUUCCAACAAGAUUUACUCUUUUGCAGUCACUCUCAUUCUAUACUAUGACAUUCAGCGACGUAGUUGUUAUUUCAUGCACUCUUCUUUUGAUCCAAAGUUGCCCCAACUUGAUGGAACUUAACAUUAGGUUCUGCCCAACUACGAACACUUUUGAAGAGCUGGUUGUAAAUUAUUUGGAAGCACCAGCCUGCAUGGAUCAAAGUGAACAGACCCUUGCCAAACUUAUUUCCGUGAAAAUAAAUUGCCUCAAGGGUUUGAAGCCUCAGCUACUUCUCAUCAAGCUUCUCCUAGCGUGUUCACCAAAGCUGGAAACAUUGUUCGUUGGUCUAAGUUCGCGACUGAAUGAAAGCGAAGGAUUUAAGAUUUCGAAAGAGUUGUCACAAUUUCGUCGAUUGUCACCUAAAGCAGCAGUUAUAUACUAGAGAGCAAUGUUGACACAGAUGUUUUGCCUUUUUGACCGUUCUCCUUUUCUUCUCUAGUGUGGUCCUACAAAAUUAUGUAGAUCAUUCAGGAGCACUAGCUUCUGAAAUAACUGAAGCCUCAUUGCAAGCAUGUUAAUUACAUUAAUACAUCAUUUAACAUUGGUGCAGCAGAUUGGAUUGUGAAAUGCCAUGAGGAACAGGUUUUAAAGGGAACUGUAAAGUUUUAAUAUCUAUUUAUGCUCUUGUGAAUUAUGGUUCGAA